AUGUCGACAUCACACACCUUCCACACCGAGCAGACUACCGCGGCGGGUCCGGCGCCAAGACCAGACGCCGACGCUAUCCUCGGCGUCACAUCUUACAACCGGGCAGACUUUGAGCUACCCGUCGUCACUGUGCACCCGAGCCAGCACGACGCCGUUCGAUCGACCGUAUUCCAGCCCUUUGGCGACAAGUCUCGCCAUCCCGACUUCGAUUUUGACCUAGGACGCCUCGGACGCCUCCCCUUCGAAAUCGUAUCGCUCAUUUGCCUCGAACUUGACGUCACCUCGGCCCUGCGCUUCAGCCAUGUCAACCGGACAGCCCGCGAGGUGCUCACAUCGAUCCGGGAAUUCCGCCACCUCGGCGCCUAUGCCUUGGAAGGGCUCUGCGUGCUCCUGCGGACCGGCAUGGCGGCCCACGUAAAUGUCCUCGACGUGUACUCGACUCUCACAACCCAGCAUUGCUCGUUAUGCGGUUCCUUUGGUGGCUUCAUGUUCCUGCCCACUGCCGCGCGCUGCUGCCUCACCUGCAUCGCGUCGGCCCCGGCCAUGCAGGUCAGCUACCUGAGCCGCGUGGCCGACGCGACGGGCGUGGAGGCGGGCGCGCUGCAGAAGCGGCUCCCUGUGCUGCACACCCUCCCGGACAGCCGCCGGUGCAUCGUCGCCGUGCAGCACGCCCUCGGAUCGCUGCGGGACAGCGGGGCGGGCGAGGCCGAGGCCGAGGCCACCGCCCGCCGGUGGCCCGACUCGUUGACUCUGAGGUUCCAAGCGGCAACCAGCCUGCCCUACCUGGACCGCAUGACGGGCGAGGUGCAGUCCGGCGUCUCGUGCAAGGGCUGCCAGCUCGCCUUUGAGGGCGAUUUCUUGGACGACCACCUGGAACUACGGGACAGGUUUUACUCAAGACAGGGGUUCAUGGAUCACUUUGAGGAGUGCGUGCCGGCUCAGAAGCUGUGGGGCUCGAGCCAAGAGGGUACGGCUCCCGCACAGGAACCCAUGUGGACAGGACUGGGCAGGACGUUUACGGCGCCAGGACGGCAAAGAAAUGUCAUGAAGUUCAUCGAAAGAGGGACAAAGGCAACAGCAACAGCCCGCAGCGAGAGGAACAUGCGUCUCUUGCCCCCACAAUCACCGACCAGCCUGGUGAGCCGCGAACUUCUUGCAUGGCCCGCAUGGCUUCCCGAUGGCGACGGUGACGGCGAUGGUGACGGCGGCCCCGGCGGCCCCGGCAACGAACUCCAGAACUGGUCCAGCUUGAUCGGUAUUAUCACAGCCAUCUGCGGCAAUGUGCUUAUCGCUCUGGCCCUCAACGUCCAGCGCUACGCACACACCCGGCUGCACCGCAAGAAAGCACAGAUACGGCAGCGUGCGAGGCAGGCCAUCCGCAAUGCAGAGGGCGGGACACAGGGCCAGGGGGCGGGGCGGUACGGCGCUGCCGUGUCGCCAAACGGCGACUCCCAUGGCGGCUCGAAUGGGUACGGGAGCGGUCGGUAUAGUGAUGAUGGCAUCCGCGGGUCGUCCGAGACGGAACCCCUCGCCCAGUCCUUCCGCUCGGAUGACUCGGCCGACGGCGACGAGGAGCACAACCAUGACGGCAAGCCCAAGGUUGCCUCGACGUACCUAAAGGACCCCUAUUGGUGGUUGGGGCAAGUCCUGAUUACCAUCGGCGAGAUGGGGAACUUCCUGGCUUAUGGUUUUGCGCCGGCCUCCAUCGUCAGCCCCCUCGGUGUGGUGGCCCUGGUCUCCAACUGCGUGAUCGCCCCCAUCUUCUUCAAGGAGGUGUUCCGCCAGCGCGACUUCUGGGGCGUUAUCAUUGCCAUCACGGGCGCUGUGACGGUGGUGCUGAGCGCCGAGACCGAGGAGACCAAGCUGGGGCCGCACGAGGUGUGGGAUGCCAUCACGACCAUGGAGUUCGAGAUUUACCUGGGCGUCAGCUGUGCGCUGAUUGUGCUGCUCAUGUGGCUGAGCCCGAAGUAUGGGCACAAGACGAUCCUGGUAGAUCUCGGGCUUGUGGGGCUAUUCGGUGGUUACACCGUGCUUGCGACCAAGGGCGUGUCCUCGAUGCUGUCUUCGACCCUAUUUGGCGCCUUCACCACCCCUGUCACCUAUGUCCUGAUCUUCAUUUUGCUAUUUACCGCCAUCAUGCAGGUCCGCUAUGUGAACAAGGCGCUCCAGCGGUUCGACUCAACCCAGGUUAUCCCGAUCCAGUUUGUGCUCUUUACACUGUCUGUAAUCAUCGGCAGCGCCGUCCUCUACCGGGACUUUGAGCGCACCACCAGCGAGCAGGCCCUCAAAUUCAUCGGCGGCUGCCUCUUCACCUUCUUCGGCGUUUUCCUGAUCACCAGCGGCCGGUCGCGGCGGGACGACGACGACGAACCCACGCUCUCUGAUGCCGAGGGCAUCGAGGAGACUAUCGGCCUCGCAGAGCAGGACCGCGUGCCGCCGCCAACACCGCCCCAACCCCGCCGUCGCGACCCCCCUUCCCGGUCCGGGGGUUCCUCCCGGACUUCACGCGUCAGUUUCUCCGACAUCCACGACGCCGGCCUCCCCAUGCCGCGUUCCUUCCCAAGCCACCCUCGCCAGAGCCAUCCCCUCGACGACGAAGACGACGGCCUCCCCGACGCGCCCCUCCUCUCCAACCCCUGGCAAGACGCCACCACCACCCUCGCCACCGCAGACUAUUUCACCACCCUCGCCAGGACUCACCUCCUACUCAGAGCCCCAACUACUCGCCGAACCCGCCCAAAUAACCGCAACAGCCCUAUCCUCAUCCACAACACCACUACCAACCACAAAACCCCUCCCCGCCACCCCACUCGGCAGCGCCGCCGCAACCAGCGCAGGCACCACCCCAUCCCAAUACCCAGACCGAGACCGAGAAAGAGACCGAGACCAACGCCCCAUGACCCCGCGCGCCCCCGCGAGCACCUCCCGUCUCCCGCCCUCCCACAUGUACUCGCCCUCGCCCUUCUCUAG